UUGGAUUGUUGUCUACUAGGACAGUGGAAUAGCUCAGUUAGUAGUGAGUUGGAUUGUCGUCUGCUAGGACAGUGGAAUAGCUCAGUCAGUAGCGAGUUGGACUGUCGUCUGCUAGGACAGUGGAAUAACUCAGUCAGUAGCAAGUUGGAUAGUCGUCUGCUAGGACAGUGGAAUAGUUCAGUCAAUAGUGAGUUGGAUUGUCGUCUACUAGGACAGUGGAAUAGCUCAUUCAGUAGAGAGUUGGAUUGUCGUCUGCUAGGACAUGAGUUGGAUUGUAGUCUGCUAGGACAGUGGAAUAGCUCAGUCGGUAGAGAGUUAGAUUAUUGUCUACUAGGACAGUGGAAUAGUUCAGUCAAUAGUGAGUUGGAUUGUCGUCUACUAGGACAUGAGUUGGAUUGUAGUCUGCUAGGACAGUGGAAUAGCUCAGUCGGUAGAGAGUUAGAUUAUUGUCUACUAGGACAGUGGAAUAGCUCAGUCAGUAGAGAGUUUGAUUGUCGUCUGCUAGGACAGUGGAAUAGCUCAGUCAGUAGUAAGUUGGAUUGUCGUCUGCUAGGACAGUAG